CCCCUGCGGCGCCGCGGCGCCCCCCCGCGCUGCCACGCGGCACCGCGAUUCCGCCCCGCGCCGCGAGCAGCACCAUGGCGGGGACCCCGCCCCAGGAGCAUCUCUUCAACCCCACGACGGAGAAUGACCCCCUGGCUGGGCUGGGCACCAAGCUGCCGCUGCCGGCCCCGGCGCGGCGCUGGCUGGAGGCCCGGCGCGCGGGGGUCCAGCCGUGGGGCACCUUCCUGGACCAGCGGCGCUUCGGGGCCCCCCGCAACUUCGGGGAGCUCUGCCAGCGCCUGGCGCACAACGGCGAGCGCUUCCAGAGCAACUACCUCUGCGUCUUCCUCGGCCUCAUCCUCUACUGCCUCAUCACCUCCCCGCUGCUGCUGGUGGCUCUGGGCGUCUUCUUCGGCGCCUGCUACGUGGUGCGGCUGCGGGCCCAGCAGGCGCCCCUGGCCCUCUUCGGUCGGGAGCUGACCACAGCCCACCAGUACGGACUGGCUGGGGGCGUCUCCCUCCCCGUCUUCUGGCUGGCGGGGGCUGGCGCCGCCGUCUUCUGGGUGCUGGGGGCGACGCUGGUGGUGAUCGGGUCCCAUGCAGCCUUCCGCCAGCUCGACCCCCCCGAGGCCCCCGAGCUGCAGAUGGAGCCCGUGUGAGACCCCCCCCAAAAGCCAAGAUGCUGCGACCCCCCCCCCCCACAGGGCGAUGACCCCCCCGAACAUGGAAUCACCCCCUGACCCAAGGCAGCAACCCCCUCUCCAACCUCCCUCCCCAACACAGCAACCCCCCCCCCCCAGAUAUCCCCUGGCCUCCCCAGGGCUGCAGCCCCGCCCCCAGCACAGCACCCCCCCCACUGCAGCCCCCCAGCACAGCACCCCAAUGCUGCAGCCCCUCCGGAGCCCCCCCACUGCAGCCCCCCCCCCAGCACAGCACCCCUCAAUGCUGCAGCCCUUCCAGAGCCCCCCCACUGCAGCCCCCCAGCACAGCACCACCAAUGCUGCAGCCCCUCCGGAGCCCCCCCACUGCAGCCCCCCCAGCACAGCACCCCCCAAUGCUGCAGCCCUUCCGGAGCCCCCCCACUGCAGCCCCCCCCAGCACAGCACCCCCCAAUGCUGCAGCCCCUCCGGAGCCCCCCCACUGCAGCCCCCCAGCAGAGCACCCCCCAAUGCUGCAGCCCCUCCAGAGCCCCCCCACUGCAGCCCCCCCCAGCACAGCACCCCCCAGUGCUGCAGCCCCUCCAGAGCCCCCUCACUGCAGUCCCUCACUGCCAUCCCCCAAUGCAGCCCCCCCCCCAAAAUGUCCCUCCAGGGUACCCCCUCCAAACACCCUCCCACCCCAUCACACCCUCCUCCAAAAUGCAGCCCCCCCAGCACCCCUUCAUUUGGGGGGGGUCUCAUGUGAGGCAGAGCCCUACUAACCCCCCCCCAGUGCCCCCUUGGCCACGGCCCCCAGCCAAGCUGCCGCGUUGCCACAAUAAAGCUGUUGCGUGUCCGGCCA